CAGAUGGGUUCAUAUUUUAAGAGUGCAGUGCUAGAAGAGGAAACAGUGCAUGUCAUAAAGCAAUGGCAUGCCGAAGUGAGGGAGAAAAGGAAGAAACAACCAUGUUCACAUUCUCCUAGUCCUCGUGAUCAUUCAUCACCAACAUGGAGCAACUGCAGAACCACCUCCCCGGAUCCAUCUUCUCAUCACCGGAGCCCCACCCUGGUGGAGUUUGCCUCUCGUGGUGGUGCUGAGAUUACUGAAGACCAUCAAGAACAAGUAGUUGUUCGGGAUGAAACAGUUCCAGAUGAUGUUUCAACAACUGAGGUGCAGUUACAGAUGCCAGACAUGAGUAAAAAACAAAACUUAAAAGUAGGACGCAUAAGAUAGUUAGAAUCAGUUACAUAUACAUUAGUUUUUCUUAACCAUUUUGUAUUAUCAUUGACAU